AUGGAUCGAACCCUCGCGCGCGCGGUGACCGAGAAGAAGCCGGUUCCUGAAAUCGAUUUUACAUUGCAUACCAUGGAAGAUGGCACUCAGGUGUCCACAAUGGAGCGCGUGGUCAAAGAGGUCCAAGCCCCGGCCUUGAGUACCCCUCCGGAUGAUAUGUUCUGGUCUCCCGAGGACCCCUCGAAACCCAAUCUGCAGUACCUCAAGCAGCAUUUCUACCGUGAGGGACGUCUCACUGAAGACCAGGCACUAUGGAUUAUUCAGGCCGGCUCAGAGGUCUUGCGAUCAGAGCCCAACCUGUUGGAGAUGGAUGCGCCGAUCACCGUCUGCGGUGACGUGCAUGGUCAAUACUACGACUUGAUGAAGCUUUUCGAGGUCGGAGGCGACCCGUCGGAGACACGCUACCUGUUCUUGGGCGACUAUGUGGAUCGCGGCUAUUUUAGCAUUGAGUGUGUUUUGUAUCUCUGGGCCCUAAAGAUCUGGUAUCCCAACUCGCUGUGGCUGCUGCGCGGGAACCACGAGUGUCGCCACUUGACGGACUACUUCACCUUCAAGCUGGAGUGCAAGCACAAAUACAGCGAACGGAUCUACGAGGAGUGCAUCAAAUCUUUCUGUUGUCUGCCGCUGGCGGCGGUCAUGAACAAGCAAUUCCUUUGCAUCCACGGUGGCCUUAGCCCGGAGCUGCACACGUUGGAAGAUAUCAAAGCCAUUGACCGUUUCCGGGAGCCCCCAACGCAUGGCUUGAUGUGCGACAUCCUCUGGGCCGACCCUCUGGAAGAGUUUGGACAAGAAAAGACUGGGGACUUUUUCAUCCAUAACAGUGUUCGAGGCUGCUCGUACUUCUUCUCAUAUCCUGCCGCAUGCGCGUUCCUCGAGAAGAACAAUCUACUCUCGAUCAUUCGAGCUCACGAGGCGCAGGAUGCCGGGUAUCGCAUGUACAGGAAAACUCGCACAACGGGGUUCCCUAGUGUCAUGACGAUCUUCAGUGCCCCCAACUACCUCGACGUGUACAACAACAAAGCUGCGGUGCUAAAGUACGAGAACAACGUCAUGAACAUCCGUCAAUUCAACUGCACCCCACACCCUUACUGGCUGCCUAAUUUUAUGGAUGUGUUCACCUGGUCACUGCCGUUCGUGGGUGAGAAGAUUACCGACAUGCUCAUUGCGAUCCUCAAUACCUGCUCCAAGGAGGAGUUGGAGGAGGAUGACACUCCAGCCACCACGUCGCCUUCCGGACUGUCUUCGCCAGCCAUGUCCAUGGAUCCCGAGUCGAGCGAAUUCAAGCGUCGCGCCAUCAAAAACAAGAUUUUGGCCAUCGGUCGUCUUUCGCGUGUCUUCCAGGUCCUUCGCGAACAGUCUGAAAGUGUCAGUGAGCUGAAGACGGCAGCUGGUGGCCGUCUGCCCGCGGGUACCUUGAUGCUGGGUGCAGAGGGAAUCAAGCAAGCCAUCACCAACUUUGAGGAUGCCCGAAAGGUCGAUUUGCAGAAUGAGCGUCUGCCUCCCAGCCAGGAAGAGGUGUUUCAGAAAAGCGAAGCGGAGCACAAGGCAGCUAUGCAGCGUGCUCAACAAGAGGCCGAAAAUGACGCAGGCUUGGCGACCAUUGCACGCCGGAUUUCCAUGUCUGCCGGUUCGGGACGUAAUCGUCGCCAGCGCGAUUCCCGCGAGAGCAACAAGGAGGCGUAG